AUGGCGACGCAGCAAGCGCUCUUCUCCCCGGCCGAGCUCGCCUACUUGCGCAGCUCCCUGUCCCUGCACCCACCCAUCCGCCCCGACGGCCGAGGCCCGCGACAGUUUCGCCCGCUGACAGCCGAGACGGGCGUGCUGCCGGGCACGCACGGCAGCGCGCGCGUCUGCCUAGCCGACGGCACCGAGGCGAUUGUGGGAGUCAAGGCAGAGAUGGAGCGGACUGUGGAGGGACGUGCCGGCGCCGAGGACCGGCUGGAAGAGGUCGAGACGCAGCGCGCGGGGGACGAGGCCGAGGCGCGCGAGAGGACGCGCCAGGGACGCGAGGGCUGGCUGGAGAUGACGGUGGAGAUACCAGGCCAGAGGGACGACGAAGCGUCGACGGUGUUUCUGGCCGAGAUGCUGAGGGAGGCGCUGCUCGCGGACGGCGAGUUUGCGGGCAAGCUGUGGAUCAACAGACGCUUUCACUGGCGGCUGUAUCUGGAUGUUUUGCUGAUAUCACCGCCGCUGUCGUACCCGCUCCCAUUGCUGUCUCUGACUACACAUCUCGCGCUGCUAUCGACGCGCCUUCCGCGGCUCAGAUCGGAAGGCGACGAGGACCCCAUGUUUGACGACGAUUGGGACGCGUCCACAUUCUUAUACCCGCGCGACGGUGACGACGCCCGCCGCCGCAGCACCGCGGCUUCGCGGCCGCCGAUUACACUGCUCGUCGUCGCCAUUGGGGACAAUGUCAUCUUUGACCCUUCGAGGGAGGAGCUCGCUGUCGCGGACACGGCGCUUGCCGUGUCUGUCGCCGAAUCGCAGGGGACGACGCGAGGGGGGAGGGAGCUGCGGCUGCUGUCGAUGCGGACAGUCGACCCCCCGAGCAGGCUGACGCCGCCGGGCGUGCCACACGCGCCGACGCCUGCGCAGCAGCAGCAGCAGCGGCAGACGGGGGAGACGCCGGCGGGGGUGUGGAAGGCACCGCUGGGGGGGACAAAGUUUGGCGUUGUGGAUGCGAUACUGCAGGCAGUGCUGGAAAAGGGCGGCGUGGCGGACGAUGUGCUGGACGGGCUGGAGGGUGUAGAGUUGGCGUAA